AUGAAAGAUAUUCUAGGUUUAUAGCUUAAAAAACAUUAAUAUAUCAUCAAUAAAUCUAGCUUAAUAUUUGAAAGAAGUGGUUACAAUUUAAUUUAGUAAAAUAUAUUAGAACAAAGAUAAGUGUUUUAAAGAACUUUAGGCGAAUAUUCUGAUAUAAUUCAUAAAGAAAUGUAUAGUUUAAAAGACCUUUCAGGUUCUGAUUUAGUUUUAAGACCUGAAGGUACAUCAGGAAUAAUGAGACAUAUUUUAGAAAAGGAAAAAGCUUUUGAAUAGGUUGAAAAAUAUUAUUAUUUUGGGCCUAUGUAUAGAUAUGAAAGGCCUUAAUUGGGAAGAUAUAGAUAAUUUAACUAGAUGGGAAUAGAAUAUAUCCAUAGAGAAAAUUAAAAAAAUAGUUAUCUUAUUGAUUCAGAGAUUAUUUUAUUAGCAAUAAAAAUUUUAGAAGCUCUAUAAAUAAAUUAAUAUGAAUUAUAAGUUAAUACAUUAGGAGAUUGGGAAGAUAGAACUAAAUAUAAUGCAAUUUUAAAAAGCUAUUUUGAAUAAAAUAAAAAUUAACUUUCCGAAAUAAGUAAAAUAAGGCUUAAAAAUGGAAACGCUUUAAGAAUAUUAGAUUCAAAAGAAAAAGAGUAUUAUCAUUAUUAUAGGAUAUAGAAAUCGUUAAUAAAGCUCCUCUAUUAAUAAAUGAAAUGAAAUAAUAAAGUAAACUAUAUUUUUAAGAUUUCCAAUCUGUUUUAAGUUCUUUGAAUAUAAGAUUUUCUGUUAAUUAUCAUUUAGUUAGAGGCUUAGACUAUUACAAUCAAGUUUGUUUUGAAAUAAAAAAUAAAGAUCAUAAAGGUAAAUCAUAAGAUACAAUAAUAGCAGGAGGAAGAUAUGAUUAAUUAGCAUCGUUAAUGAAUUAAAAGUAAUAUUUAUUAAUAUUAUAAUACAAAAUAAAAUAGAUAAACUAAUUUAAAUGGAGUUGGUUUUGCAGCUGGAAUCGAAAGAAUAGCUUAUUUAAUACCUGAUGAUUUCCCUUAUUUACAAUGCAAAAAAAUUAAAGUAGGAGUAGUAAUAGUUUAAGAAAAAAAUAUCAAUGUUGAUAUAUAAAAACAACUAAAAAUUUAUGCAUUUUAAGUAAGUGAAUAUAUUAAAUAAGAUAAAGUUGAAGUUUAAAUAAUUUUACAUACUUAAAAAAUUGAAAAAUAAUUAGAUUAUUUAAAUAAAAAUAAAUUUAAAUGGGCUAUUUUUAUUGGAUUUGAAAAAUCUUGA